AAGGGAAACCUAAUCUCCAUCUUUUGACCUUAACAAUAUAGAACAUUAAACAUCUUGAAUCAUUCCAUUAAACCCUCGUUUUCCUUCCCGUUUCCUAUCAUGAAAAAAGCAUCCCUCCUCUCUUGGCCUGAGGCGGAGGGAUGUCUAUAUCUAUGAUAGAAUAAUCCUCAACAAAAGGAAUUCAUUGAUCUUGUCCUCCGACCGAUCCUUAAUGUCUCAGACGUUCGCUAAUCAAGAGGCAGAGGAGUCGCAGGGGAUGCUCAUGGAGAUGACAGAAAUGACUGUAGAAAGAAUGGAAUUUAUUGUUCCGUUCCAAUCUCCUUGUAAUCAUGUUUGUUGCUUAUCUGAGAAAAGGCAUGACAAGAAUUUGUUGGCUAUGAAACUAUACGGUAUUAUCUUCUUUUACUCAGUGGUUAUGGCGGUUGAGAUAGCAGGAGGAAUGAAGGCUCAUAGCCUUGCUAUUCUUACUGACGCAGCCCAUUUGCUUUCUGACAUAGCUGGAUUCUUCAUAUCCUUGUUAGCCAUAUGGGCUUCAGGAUGGGAUGCCACAGCGAAUCAUUCAUUUGGGUUCAGUCGGCUUGAGGUUCUUGGAGCUCUGGUUUCAGUUCAGCUUAUAUGGCUAGUUUCUGGGAUCUUAAUUUUUGAAGCUUUUGAUAGGAUUCUUCAAGAAACACAGAAAAUAGAUGGGAGGAUUAUGUUUGCAACUGCUGCAUUUGGUUUCCUUGUUAAUUUCAUCACUGUUAUAUGGAUCGGUCACAGUCAUGGUCACAAUCACGGACACGAUCACAGUCACGGUCAUGGUCACGGUCACGAUCAUGAUCACGAUCAUCAUCAUGAUCAGGAACACGAUUAUGAUCACAAACAUGGAGACAUAGAGAAAUGCAAUGAUAAAGAGGAAGAAGGAGAAGGAGAAGAUUCAAAGAGUCUUGUAUCUGGUUCAGACAAAAACAAGACUAAGAAUUUAAACAUAAAUCUUCAAGGGGCAUACCUACAUGUGAUGGUUGACAUGAUUCAAUCUGUUGGUGUGAUGAUCGCUGGAUUGGUUAUAUGGGUGAAGCCGAAUUGGCCUGUGAUUGACUUGAUCUGUACACUUAUCUUUUCAUUAAUUUCAUUAACAACCACCAUACCGAUGCUGAAAAGAUUGAUCUACAUAUUGAUGGAGAGAACACCAAAUGAAGUGAAUGUCAUUAACUUGGAGAAUGGAUUGAAAUGUAUUGAUGGUGUUAGUGAUGUUCAUGAUCUGCAUGUUUGGACAAUCACAGAAGGGAAAAAUGUGAUGACUUGUCAUGUGAUUGUUGAGCCGGAUUUCAAGUCAAAUGAAAUAAUUUUGAAUAUUAAGGAGUAUUGUGUAAAAACAUUUAGAAUUCAUCAUGUGACAAUACAAUUGGAGACAACAUCAUAGUUUCAGUUAGUUCGAUUCUGUUUUUUCUCUGUGUUUGCUCUUUUCAUUAGCUUGUUUAGUUUAAUAUCGGUUACAGAAGGGCGGGUUACAGAAGGCUGGUCGGGAAUCCUCUUAAACAAAAAUUGAAGCAACUAUAAGUGGCUGUCAAAUAUGAUAAUAAAAUCAAGAUUACAUUAUGUGACA